AUGGAGCGAUGUCAUGCGCACGACCGGUGGAUUUCCAACCUGGAGAGAACCCUUUCCUUUUCUUAUUCCGAAUGGCGCCUUUCCGGUAAGGAGAAUGGGAAACAAAGAGAGCAUGAAUUGACAUCGACAAGAAGGGUGAGGUUACCUAAAGAUUCUACUCAACCACGCUUUCUACGGCUCCAAUUCUUUGUUUGUGUCUUGUUGAAGAGGGAAUGCUUCGGAGCCUUUCUUUCAGUCAGGCAACCGUUGAUUCAGCAAUAUCAGGCCAACGAGUGUUUGGCUUCCGGUCCCAUGGCUGCUCUCACAAAUUGCUUCAUCCAUUUCGUGCGCCCCAAUAUCCAAAAUUACCUCUUCUCUUUCCAUGGCGAAGAUUCUCCAUCAGGCGGUAACUGCGCCCCAUCCCCCUUCGCCCGUCUCAACUUUUCCUCUUUCUGUUCGUUUCUCUGCGCUCCCGGCUCAGGCAAUCCGACCCCUCCCCGCAGCCGCGCCAAGCUGUUCAAGAUGAGCUACAAAACUUCCAUUUCGAAGAUCAUGUCCAAGAUCAUGGAGAUAUCCUCAUCGGAGGGCGUCAUCCCUGCUACGAGGAACAAUGACGAAGAAGACCCCGCGAUGCCAAAGGAAGAUCCGCAUACCGAUGAGCUGGAAGUAGCCCACGACAUGCUCUUGCUUGCCCAGGCCCCCAGCGCGACAGCCAGUAGUCGCUUACCCUUGCGAAGGUCUCCCUCGCCUGUCGCAGAUCAACGAAUCUCCCAGUGGAGGAAUGAAACCCGGGCCUUCAAAGGAACCAUUACUCGACAAAGUAGGAGUGUGGGUUCCGCUGGACCCGCUGAGGUAGCUCGAGCUGCGCAAAAAUCCGCGCUUAUGGUGGACGGACAGCCUCAGUUUGUUAUGUUCUGCGACGGAUCAAGUGUGUACAAGCCAGUCCCAAAGACAUCGAAAGAUGGAGGAUACGCCGUGGUGUUUCGUGAUCCGUACGACGCCAACAAAGCAGCCACUGCAAGCGCCUCGAAAUUGGCCACGACCAGAUUUUCGGGCCCUCGGAACGAAGACGGCAUUUCCAUCGGCGACUUUACCAUCCGGCACUGGCUCUCUCACCGAACUUAUGGCAAUAGUCAUACCGAGAUUGCUGCUCUUUCCCAAGCACUGGAAGAAGUUACCAAGCGUAUUGAUCAGCACCAGCCGGACAAAUCGAUCGUCAAGAUUUUCACCGAUUUUGAUGGAUCCUUAUCACGAGUUCAGAAGGGCAUUCUUAGUUACGAGACCACAACUACUGCCGACAGCCGCAAGCGCAAGCGCGAGCUUACCAAGAAAGAACAAGCAGACGCAUCGUUCUUCGUGGAGCACACCAACCCGUUUGUUCAAGCAUUGGUGUGGCAGUCGCAUUACCUCUCCGACCGCGGAUGCACUAUCGAAAUGCACUGGAUGCCCCGCAACACCACACUGGGUCAUAAGUUGGCCGAUUACAUGGCCGGUCAAUGGAGGCGCAAUUCGGACGAUGCCUUUUAUCAGAAGACCCUGCCACACGAUCAGAGGGACGGCAUUUUGGACAAGUUGCAUGGGGCAGUUGGCGCCAUUGAGCGCGAAAGAGCCUCUGCUGCCCUAGACUCUCAAAAACCUGCAAAGAAAAAGAGAAAGAUUAGGCGUGCCAUCGGUGCCAGGAAAAAGAGUUCCAAAUGUAUUGCCCUCCUCGACAGUGCAACCGACUACAUUCCCCUGGACUCUGAAUCCGAAGACAAACUUCCGCCCCAGCUGCAAUCCCAGAAGAAGAAGCAGAAGAUCGAUGAUGCGAUUAGGGUCCAAACAAGAAGUACGGCAGACUAUAUCCUGCUGGACUCUGAUUCCGAGAAGGAAGCCGCGCCUAAGCCCCAGUCACCGAAUGGUGCAACCACAGCCAAACAGAUUGCCCUCGACGGUCCAACCGAUUACAAUGUCUCGGACUCUAAGUCCGAGAAGCAACCCAAGCCGAAGCAGGAGCAACCUCCCAAGAUCGAAAAGGAGAUCAAGGGUACAACCACAGUCAAACAAAGGAGCACCCGUGACUUCAUUCUUCUGGACUCUGAUUCUGAGGAGGAACCUCAACGGCCGAAGAAACGGAGGAGGAUUAGGCCAACGGCUGGGGCCAAGAAGGCGAGUGCAAGAAAUUAUGUUGCCGUCGACAACCCAAGCGACUUGAUCCCUCUGGAGCCUGAGUCUGAGCAGAAACCCAAGCCCAAGCCACAGCCUCCGAAGAAAAAGAAGGAGAUUAAGGGUACGACCACAGGCAAGCAAAGAAGUACAAGUGACUUCAUUCUGCUGGACUCCGAUUCCGAUGAGCAAUCCGAGGCCAAGCGGCCGCAAACUCCGAAGAAAAGGAAGAAAAUUAGGGGCGCCAUUCCGGCGAAGAAAAAGGCUCCGAUGCAGCAGCAGGCUGAACCUGCAGCGGCUGGAUUCCUCAACGGUCAGGACCAUGACUUCGCCUUCGACUCGGGCAAGUGAGAAUCACCAAGAGGGGAUCUCUGCACAUGUGUGUCAAUAAGCGCUCAGUCAUCAACUUCAUUAAAGGUGAAAUCUCGUUGAGGAACCG